AAGUCCUCCCUCAUAAAUCACAAAUUUCCCGCAUUCUACGCAUGCUACCUUCUUAAAAGUGUGAGAACACCACGUGCAACGUCAACCUACAUUGGGAGCACUCCCAGCCCUCCACGACGUAUCCGUCAGCACAAUGGUGAAAUUACCCAAGGCGCAUGGAAAACUCGGAACGGCCGACCAUGGGAGAUGCAGAUGAUUGUCCACGGGUUUCCUUCCAAACUGGCGGCACUCCAGUUUGAAUGGGCAUGGCAGCAUCCGCAUAUAUCGAGACACCUUCGCGAAGAUCCUGGCAAGCAAACCGAAGGGAGAAAACCACCUUCCAAAUCUCACAGCUUCGGCUCCAAUGUUCGGGUGGCACGAAGCAUGGUGGCUUCGCACCCCUACAACACUUGGCCGUUGCGUGUCACGCUGUUUACUGAAGCAGCUGAGCGGGCAUGGAACACCGCUGGUCGUGAUCUCGUCCCAGCCUCGAACCCUCCUGGCCUUGAGGUUCAUCGAGAGUUCGAAGGGGUCGACGGGAAAUCAGGGGUAGAGGGGUCCGGAAGAGUGGGGCCCAUCGAUGUCACGGACGCUCGCUUCACUUCCAUGCAUCUCAGUAAAGCUUCCCGAGUGUUCGGGCCUGGCAGCAACCUUCACUGCUCUGUCUGCCAGGAUUCACUCCGUCACGAUGAUGUGGGUAGACCGGACCCCCUGACAACAGCGUUAUGCACUGCACCGUCGUGUGACGCCGUCUUCCAUCUUUCAUGUCUCUCUCGCCGUUUUCUGGACACUGACAAGUCCUCGGCGGCCACUUCAUCUCCGCCUCUCAUCCCGCGAGGGGGUGAGUGCCCAUCAUGUGGAGCCUAUACUUUGUGGGGCGAUAUCAUUCGUGGAUGCUUCCGGCGACGUGAAGGCGGUGCUACACUAGAAGCAGCGCCAGAAGAAGAGGACGACGAAAACGAAGGCGAGAUAUUCAGUGAACAAUCACAGAACGAAGCUGGCGCUCGUAUGUCUAGGACUCCUCCGCGUUUGAAGAAGCAGGCGAAGAUGAGGGUGAAGGCGGCAACACCAAAAAGCCGCGCCGCGCCUAACUCGACGUCCAGACGGCAGCUGUCCACCCUGGCGCCUCACGCGUCUAGCGACGAAGAAGAGUUCUUCGAUCUGGACGCUAUCAGCAGUUCAGACUCGGAAGACUCUGCUCAAGAUGGGGGCCCUCGUUGGGGGGCCACGAGACCCUACUCGAGGCCGCCCACA